AUGAGUAGCAGCAGGAAGUCUGCAGAGGCAAGACAAGACGGCAAUAGGUCAGACGCGACAGAGAUUGUGCCACACUGGUGGAGGAAGACUUGCACGAAAGAGUCUUACGACCAAGGGGGAGCGUUGUGUUGUGCAGGUGCGACGGCGGUACUUCGCGUUGAGCUCGCGGGAAGUCCUUGUGAGGCCUUCUUGGACACUGGGUCUUCGCAAAGUUUCAUUAGUCCUAAAAUAGUCGAACAACUGCAGCUGAAAGUGCGGAGACUUCCAAAGGAACAUAGGUUCACUGUUGCUAUAGGGGCACAACUACGUAUUGAUCGGGUAGUGACGGGAUUGACGCUGUGGUGCGGACAUACGUGUUUUUCCGGGGACUUUUUGGUGGGACCCGUCCCCUACGACUUAGUCUUGGGUUUGGAUUGGCUGACGGAACACAAGGUGGCCUGGUAUUUCCAGUCAGACAAGCUCCGAACCUAUGUGAAUGGUCAGUGGUGCGAGUUACCGGUCGUUCGGACUGGUGAAACGACCCUGCAACGUGAUAGUCCCACCGUAGUCCACCAAAGGACCGGUCGAGAGGCAUAUGAGAUAUUGGCCAAACUUCACCGGGGUAUGUCAGCCGAGGAGGCGGCCGUAUUCUUACUCCCGCCUCCAAGGAUGUAUAAGUCCCACGCGAAGACUAAGGCGAAGGCGCAGAUAACGUCGCUCGUUCGUCAGGCGGCCGACGACACAAAUGAUCUCAGCACUCCAUUGCACUGUUUGCAUCUCAUACUGGCUCUGCCCGAAGCCGGUUCGGCAGUGCCCUUAAGGCUCUCGGAUGAAUGGCAAGGCGCGCUUUGUUGCGCGUUGAUAGGGAGUAAACCCACGUCCUCCGGCUGCCGUAGUCUUUUGGCCUCAACCACCUCGGUGGCAGCGGAGAGUGAUGAGGAGUCUCCCUGGCCUACGGCAAAACUCGAGCACACUCUGUUCGACGAACGGAUAAAUUCGACAGAGGCGCAGGAUAUUCCAUGUAAGGUUGCCCAGGUGUUGCACGAGUAUCGAGCGGUUUUUCCCGAUACCUUAUCUAAAGGCCUACCUCCGAAGCGCCCUCAUAAUCAUCAUAUUCUCCUUAUGCCUGGGAAACUCCCAGCGCGAUCGGCGAUAUACCGUAUGACCCCAGAUCAGCUCAAAUUCCACAAACAGGAGAUAGCUAAACUAUCCGACAUUGGUUGGAUUGGACCGACCUAUUCGCGUAUUUGCUCUCCUACGAUCAUGGUGGACAAACGUGGUGAUGGCUCCGGGGAGCGGAAGAUGCGUAUGGUUGUCAAUUACCAGGCCCUAAAUGCCCUCACGAUAGCCCCUGAUUUUCCACUACCUCCCAUUCAAACCAUUCUGGAGCUGCUGGCAGGUGCCAAGUAUUUCUCCACCUUGGAUCUUGAAGCAGGAUUCCAUCAAAUACGUAUGGCUAAGGAAGACCGGUGGAAGACGGCUUUCCGAUCCGUUCUCGGAUUAUUCGAGUACCAGGUGAUGCCCUUCGGCCUUAAGGGUGCUCCCGCUACGUUCCAGGCCAAUAUUAAUGCCUAUCUACAACCUUUAUUGGGCCAGGGCGUUAUUGCUUAA